GGUCAUCCAGUGGAGUUUCUCAAUACUCAGGCCCUUGAAAAAUGCCAACUUAAGUCAACAAUCAGUGAACUACCAAACUUAUUAGAAUCUUCGGUGAGUGAUGAAGGGGAGAAUUGGAGCAUGGGGCAGAGGCAGCUCUUCUGCCUAGGAAGAGUGCUUUUGAAGAGGAACAAGAUCUUGGUUCUAGACGAGGCGACCGCCUCAAUUGACUCGAACACGGAUGCCAUUUUGCAGAGGAUCAUCAGGGAGGAGUUCUCCGACUGUACAGUGAUAACUGUGGCGCAUCGCGUUCCAACCGUGAUUGAUAGUGACAUGGUGUUGGUCUUGUCUUAUGGUACGCUUUCUUCGUCCAGUAUUAGGAGUCUUUCUUUUUCUCAACAUAAGUUUAAGAAGUGUGAAAUAUGA